AUGGUCUCAGAUUCUCCCGCCCUCCGCCGUCUCGGCCCCAUCCUGGGAAUCUACCGCGCCGUCACCGUGUCCGCACGUUACGUCCCAGUCUUUUCGCCCACUGCACAUCCGUCGCCGCGCUUUCUCGCCGCGCUCGCCGUCGUCGUCCGCGCACAACCUAUGCUGCGCGUCGGCAUCACAGAUGAGCACACCAACAGCGCGCGGUUCACACACCUCACACACAUGGACCUACGCAAGCACGUGUAUGUAGUGACUGUGGAUGCAGACUCGGAACAAGCGCUGAGUAUGGAGGUGACGCGGGUGCAAGCCGCGCAGCACGAUGUGCUGUGGGAGGACACGCCGAGCAAAGCGCCGUGGCGGGUGACGAUUGUGCGGAGCGAGACGCAAGACUGCGAGGAUGUCAUUUUUGCGUUUCACCAUGCGCUGCUAGACGGCACCAGCGGGGUGCGGUUCCACGAGGCUCUUAUCAUGGCGCUAGACUCGGCUACUACGCCCGACGAUGACAGCCUCUUGACGUUUCCGACACCCCCAGCGCUGCCGGCGCCGCAAGAAGAGGCCGUCGCGUUUACGCUUAGUCCGAUUUACAUCGCCACCAUGCUCUGGAACGAGUUUGCACCGGCCAUGUUGAAGCCCGCGCCGCAGCAUGUCUGGGGCGGCCAGCGCAUAUCGGUGGCCCGGCCGUACAUUACCCGUCUCCGGGUUGUCGACGUCCCCGCGGAACAGACGCGCGCCGUGCUCGCUGCAUGCCGCGCAAACGGCACGACCCUCACCGGACUCCUUCACGCGCUCGUGCUGGCCUACUUUACAAAGAGCCUGCCGGAAAACGCCGUGCCCGGGUUCCGCGCCGCCACGCCGAUGAGUCUACACCGACGCACUCACGACACUUCCCUGCCAACCACCCUGCGCGUGCUCCUCUGCUCCACCGAGCACGACUUUUCUCCCACCGACAUAUCCAGCAUGCGCGCCGCUCUCACCUCCCCCGCGGCUCUCACCAACAACAUCUGGGCCGCCGCCGACCGCAUCCGCGCCGACCUGGUUGCUUGCGGGCAGGCGCUCACGCACAACAACGCCGCGGCCGUUAUGCGGGCAAAGUAA